UGGCGGGAGAGUGAAGACUGAAGAACAGUGAGAGAUGAGCUCGUCGGCGGUGGAACCAGAAGCCGCCGAUUUGGUUUGCCAACUCGAGAACGUCCAAGGCAUGGUCGACUCCCUCUCCGCAGUCCGCUGGAAGCGCCACCAGGACGCGGUGGUGGAAUUGUCGGAGCAUGGAAUCGUGUUGAUCCUGGAGGAGAGCAACUGUCUUCAAGCCAAAGUCUAUCUGCGCAAGGAGCUUUUCGCUCAGUAUGAUUACAAUGCGGAAGAGCGGCCGCGGUUUGGAGUUAGCUUAGGCCUGUUCGUCGAUUGCUUGAGCACAUUUACUGUUCCUGGGCGUGCCUCGGCUAUUGAGAUUCGAUAUCCUGGACCUGACAUGCAGCUUCUUCUCAAGUCUCUUGAUUCAUCAGAUGCUUGCAUCUAUGCAGAGAUCAGGACGAUAAUCCCGGACACAGUUUCCUGGGACUAUAACUUUGAACCUGCUGGAAGUGUGCCAUUAAGUUUUACUGUGAAGUCUGCAGCGCUGAAAGAAGCCAUUGACGAUCUCGAAUGGCCUGGUUCCAGCAUACGCAUCAACCUCAAACCAGCACCUCCAUCCGUCUCCUUCAGAGGAGAAGGGCAUGGAGAUUUGCAGAUUGAUCUCAUGUACAAUGUGAAUAGUGAUCUGUUACUAGACUUCAACUGCAACCACCCAGUAUCUCACAGAUACAAGUACAAGUUUCUCCGGGCAACAACAUCCAAUCUACCGAGCAGCGUGAUGAAGGAGAAUCGAGGAAGCAAACUCACCAUUGGCAGAGGCGGAAUGUUGAAAGUUCAGCAUCUGGUGCCAGUUGGGAGAGCACCAUUUCCAAAUCCACACGUUAUUGAUUCAGCUUCCCAUCAGCAGCAGCCUGGCCGAAUUGCUUACAUCGAGUUCUUUGUGAAGCCUGAGGAAGAGGAAGAUGAUAACAGGAAUGAUUGAUUGAUCAGUCAAUGUAUGAACUAUGAACUGUUUCUCUUUUACCAUAGAUGAACGUUUCCAUGUAGUGGUAUCUAGCAUGACAUGUAUAGGAAAAUCGUUAUUAGGUCUCUUGAAGACAGUUGUUACACCAGAGUAAAACUGUAACUCC